GCCCCGCCGCGAGCCGCCGCCGAGCCCAGGGGCGACGCGCUCUCCUGCGCUGUCCACACCCGCGUUCCUUCGCCUCCGCAACAGGUCAGGCGAGGGCGGAGGUGACGGGGGCGCAAGACCCGGGACUGGUGGGGGAAGGGUCUGGAAGAUGAGUGGACCCGCCCUUGGCUCCUGACUGGAAGCUAUGGCGUUCACCGAGCGAGCCAACGGCAGCGGCAGCAGCUUGUACAAUGAAGACAGAAACCUGCUUCGAAUUAGAGAGAAGGAAAGACGCAACCAGGAAGCUCACCAAGAGAAAGAGGCAUUUCCUGAAAAGAUCCCCCUUUUCGGAGAGCCCUACAAGACAGCAAAAGGAGAUGAACUAUCUAGUCGAAUACAGAACAUGUUGGGGAACUAUGAAGAAGUAAAGGAGUUCCUUAGCACCAAAUCCCACCCUUGUUGCUUGGAUAUGUCCGAAAAUAAGUUGGGAAAGCCGAGAUUUCCUUUAUUUCCUGACAAGGGGGGCAGCAUUCCAUCCAACUCCUUCCACACUAGUGGUCAUCACCAGCUCGUUCACACUCCCGCCUCUGGACCACUUCCUGUUGGUAACGUUAGCCAAAAUCCAAAGAUGGCGCAGCCUAGAAUGGACCCAACACCAAGUCUCCAUGCUAAAAGCUAUGGCCCACCGGACGGCCAGCACCUGACCCAGGGUCGCCUUGGUCAGGAGGGCUACAACUCUGGUCACCACAAAAAAGGUGAGCGCAGAGCUGAUGGAGACCACUGUGCUUCGAUGACAGACUCUGCUCCAGAGAGCAAACUUUCUCCCCUCAUCUCCUCUCUGCCUGCCCCAGUGCCCCCGGUGUCACCUGUACAUUCCAGCCAGCAGACUCAUCCCAGGCUGCAAGGAGGCAGCAAGGCUCGCAGUGCUGACAGCAGCAGCAAGGGCUACUGCCCGGCUAAGUCUCCCAAGGAGCCGGGGGUGACGGGCCGUGAAAAAGAACCCUCUCAAGACAGUUUGGGGGCCGUUGCCAGCCUUGGGGUAGCCCCUCCCCAGCCAUCUUCUCAGACAUUUCCACCCCCUUCCCUUCCCUCAAAAAGUGUUGCAAUGCAACAGAAGCCCACGGCUUAUGUCCGGCCCAUGGAUGGUCAAGAUCAGGCCCCUAGCGAGUCACCUGAACUGAAACCAUUGCCGGAGGACUACCGACAACAGACCUUUGAAAAAACAGACUUAAAAGUGCCUGCCAAAGCCAAGCUCAAACUGAAGAUGCCUUCUCAGUCAGUUGAGCAGACCUACUCCAAUGAAGUCCAUUGUGUUGAAGAGAUUUUGAAGGAAAUGACCCAUUCAUGGCCUCCUCCUUUGACAGCAAUACACACGCCUAGUACAGCUGAGCCAUCCAAAUUUCCCUUCCCUGCAAAGGAUUCUCAGCACAUCAGUUCUGCAACCCCAAACCAAAAACACUAUGAUACAGCCGCAAAAACCCACCCUCACCCUCAGCAAGGAACCUCCAUGCUCGAAGAUGACCUGCAGCUCAGUGACAGCGAGGACAGUGACGGUGGACAGACCCCAGAGAAGCCUCCUUCCUCAUCUGCACUUCCAAGUGCUCCGCAGACGCUUCCAGAACCAGUGGCAUUAGCACAUUCCAGUAGUGCGGAGUCAGAGAGCACAAGUGACUCCGACAGCUCCUCCGACUCGGAGAGCGAGAGCACAUCAAGUGACAGCGAGGAGAAUGAGCCUCUGGAAACCCCGGCUCCUGAGCCAGAGCCUCCAACGACGAACAAAUGGCAGCUGGACAACUGGCUGACCAAAGUCAGCCAGCCAGCCGUGCCGCCAGACGGGCUCGGGAGCUCGGAGCCCCCGCGGCGGCGGCAGGAGAGUAAGGGCGGAGGUGACGGCGGUGGCAGCGGGAGCCAGGAGCACUCCGAACCCAAAGGUCUUCCCCCCAAAGGCUCCAGCAAAGCCCCCCGGGGCCCUGCCGAGGGCCCGCACCCCGGAAAGAGAAGCUGUCAAAAGUCUCCUGCAGAACAGGAGCCCCCACCCAGGCAAACCGUCGGAACCAAGCAGCCCAAGAAACCUGCCAAGGCACCUGGCCAGGCCGACUCUCGAGCCAGCCUGCAGGUGGAGAGCGAGCCUGGACUCCCCUAUGGCUCCAAGGAGCAGACUUCCAAAGACAAGCCCAAGGUGAAGACGAAAGGAAGGCCCCGGGCUGGAGGGAGCAGAGAGCCCAAGCCAGUGGCUCCCGCCCCCACUGAAAAGAAGAAGCACAAGAGCCCCCUACCCGCCCCCGCCAAGGCGGUCCCAGGCCCAGAGCCCGCCAAGGACGAUGUGGAGGCUAGGAGCCCUGAGCACGUUGCUCUCGUGCCCCUGACUCAGAGCCAGGGCCAGGCCCGUGGUGGUGGCAGUGGCGGUGGCAGGACUAGUGGCUGCCGGCAGGCCGUGGUGGUCCAGGAGGACACCCACAGGGACAAGCUCCCCGUGCCUUUGAGAGACACCAAGUUGCUCUCUCCGCUCAGGGACACUCCUCCCCCUCAGAGCUUGAUGGUGAAGAUAACCCUAGACCUUCUUUCUCGGAUACCCCACCUCCCUGGGAAGGGAAGACGCCCGAAGAAGCCCGAGGAUAAGCAGCUGCCUGCGGGGAGGAAGCACAGUUCUGAGAAGAGGAGCUCAGAUAGCUCAAGCAAGUUGGCCAAAAAGAGAAAGGGGGAAGCAGAAAGAGACUGUGAUAACAAGAAAAUCCGGCUGGAGAAGGAAGGCAAAUCACAAUCCUCUUCGUCUUCAUCCUCCCACAAAGAACCUUCUAAAACAAAGACACACAGGCCCUCCUCAGAGCCCUCAAAGAAGGAAAUGCUUCCCCCACCACCUGCGGCGGCGGCGUCCUCGUCCUCGUCCUCGUCCUCGUCCUCGUCCUCAUCCUCCCAGAAGCCAGCCAAGCCUGCACACCAAAGGUCGAGGCAGGAAAACAAAAGGUCGAGGCGGGAAGCAGACACCUGUGGCCAGGAGCCUCCUAAAAGUGCCAGUAGUAGCAAGAGCAGCCAUAAAGACCCUUCCGUUCCCAAGCACAGAAAAGUAGAGGGGAAGGGCUCUGGAAGCUCCGCAGAACACAGAGGAUCUUCUGGAGAUACUUCAAAUCGUUUUCCAGUGCCUUCUUUGCCAAAUGGUAACUCUAAACCAGGGAAGCCCCAAGUGAAGUUUGACAAACAACAAGCAGAUUUUCACAUGAAGGAGGCCAAAAAGUUAAAACUCAAAGCAGAAUUAAUGACGGACAAGGUUGGAAAGGCCUUUAAGUACUUGGAAGCCGUCUUGUCCUUUAUUGAGUGUGGAAUCGCCACAGAGUCUGAGAACCCGGCGUCAAAGUCUGCGUACUCCGUGUACUCGGAAACCGUAGAGCUCAUUAAAUUCAUAAUGUCAUUAAACUCCUUCUCAGAUGCCACACCACCAACCCAGAAGAAAAUAUUUGCUGUUUUAUGCAUGCGUUGCCAGUCCAUUCUGAACAUGGCAAUGUUCCGAUGUAAGAAAGAUGUGGCAAUAAAGUAUUCUCGUACACUGAAUGAACAUUUCAAGAGUUUUCUCAAGGUUGCCCAAGCAUCUUCUCCAUGCAUUGCAAGAAGCACAGGCGCACCAUCCCCACUGUCCCCAAUGCCUUCUCCUGCCAGUUCUGUAGGGUCCCAGUCAAGUGCUGGCAGUGUGGGGAACAGCGGGCUGACUCCCACCAUCAGCACCCCAGUCACCAUCCAGAACAUGACGUCUUCCUAUGUCACCAUCACCUCCCACAUCCUCACCGCCUUCGAUCUUUGGGAGCAGGCUGAGGCCCUCGCGAGGAAGAAUAAAGAGUUCUUUUCUCAGCUCAGCACAAACACGUGCACCUUGGCCCUCAACAGCAGUCUGGUGGACCUGGUACACUACGCAAGACAGGGUUUUCAGCAGCUGAAACAAGCAACCAAAACACCUUAAUGGAGGCCCAAUUGAUUCAAUGCCUUGAGGACAUAUUUUGCACAUUGGAAGCCUCAGAAACAGCCCAGACAUUUGUCUCAUCAGGACACCAUAGUGAUGGAGAGAGGAAAAGCACCAUGAGAUGGCCAGGACACUUGUCCACAUAAAUGCCCAAGAACUGUGUGAUCGUUGGCUGGACACUAACAUUAUGCAGAAACAGAGAUGAGGAGGCCAGCCCAGAGAUGAUCCUGCCUUUCCUAAAUAAAGGACAGAAGUGCAAUGUAGCCUGAAUGGACGAAUGAAUGGUCUGGAAACAUUUCUGAAAUAUUUUUAACCAGCAGGAUGCAAAUUGCACAUGAAAUAAGGAGAAGCAAUUUCAACUCUGAAAGCAAAUUCCCAUCUCAUCUCAGUUAACCACACUAGUCCAUUCCCAGAAGAAAAUUUUUUUUAAUGAUAAUUUUUGGUGAAGGGUUUCGUGGACAACUUUUUGUUUUCUUUUAAGUUUUAGAGAAAACAUUUGUUUAAUAAAUUCUGAUGGCCAUCUGUAAAACAUUGUGAAGGACUCCACUGUACCCCACUUUCUGCCAAUGAACAGUGGCGUUGGUAAUACCAAGCGCUGUCAGAAUUUCUGACAUUGAAGGCCGGCCCUCUCUCCCACCGCAUCCCCGAGAGCACCGCACAUCUUCCCAGCUCUGGUUUCUCUGUUGUACCGAGGCACCCCGAGUUGGAGCAGUGGAGAGAGAAGCCGGGUACACAUGGCAGCCAUCGCAAGGGCCCUGUUCCUGCUCCCUCUUCAGUGAAAGGGACUCUCCAGCAAGGUGGUCACCAUUGACUGUUUUCUGAAUUUCUUACCAUGGGGAAGAAGGGAACCAACACUUAUACCUGACCAGAUGGCAAAAGUGCUUUUUCAUGUUUAAGUUGAGCUGGAAUUGGAGGUGCUGAUCUGUGGUCUACAGCUAUGUGGUAACUCAUGUUGUCUGACCAACUCUGAGUUUUGUCAGUGAACAAAGAAAAAUGAAAUCUACUUCUUAGAGAGGCUAUAUUUUUCUGCUACAAAUUAUUUUAUAUUUAUAGCAAAACUAAACUUUCAGAGCCCUUGAUUGUUUAGGGGAAAUAACUUCCUGAGGGGAGGCGGAGAUUGGGGUGGUAAAUUAGACUUUUUAAAAAAACCCUCACCACAUGCCUUCACUCUUGAGUGUUCUCGGUCAACUAGAGCUGAUGACGUUGAAGAGGAACCGUGGUCUUCCCGUAGGUUAUUACCAGACUGGGUGCAUUAAUCCCAGUGCAUCCUGAAUGACCCAAAGUAAAAUGUAGAAUUCCCACCUGCCCAAAAGCACAGAUUUCCUUUUUCAUGGAAACUUCAAAAGGUUAUUAUUGGAAAUGUUAUUUUGAGUGCAGUGUUUUUGAAAACCAAUUCUUUUUCUCCCCUUUAGAAACAAGUAGGAUUUGCACAUGUGUUAAAGUUGAGGAGUGAGUGUUAUCCCCACCCUGAAUUGGUUUCCUUCCUCCACCUUCACCCUGUUCUGCCCCGCUACACGUAGUUUCCUGCCAAGCAUGUUUCACGUGAUUACAUGUAUGUAUAGAGAAAACUCUCUUGGUAGUUUGGUAGUACUCAGAGCGAUGAGUGGAGGAUGGGAGCCAUGCUACUCUUCCCCAGGAUGAGUUGUUUGUGUGAAGCUGUUCCUUCAGUGACCCCGUGUUGAGGGUUAAAGCCGGAGAGUGGCAGCACAGUCGCGUGUGAGCAUAAGACCUAAUGUGGCAUCCUGAUGAACCGAUUUGAUGUACUGAUGUUUUUUAAGCAAAGCCAUGGCCCUUUCUCAACUACCAGUUUAAAAAGCCUUUUGUGGAAUGAACAAUAACCGCUUGGGAGGUCGUGUGCCCAUCUCUUCUCUGUGGGGACAAGGCCCCCAGUCUAGCUUUCGUGAUGAAAGUCUUUCUUUUCCUCCUUCCCUUAACCACCCCCUUCCCCUUUCCCUUCUGACUCCCUAGAACAAGCCACUUGUCCACGGUGAGGUGCGUUUUUUCAUGACAGGUGGGUCUGCAGACUGUUCUUUCACAGGCCGCAGUGCUCCCUGACUGAAGACUAUCCAAGUUGAUUUCCCAGCCAAUUCUAAAAGAACAGAUUGCAUUUUUCAGUGGCCUUAUUCUUUGUGGGGUCUUUUUUUCCUUCUUCUGAAUGCUAUGUCCACAUAUUAUUUGUCUAGCCAAUUUGUUACAAACUUACAAAUGUGCGUAGAUUCAUUGUACUAUUCUGGUCAUUGGGUAGUCCCCAUUCUUACCGCAACACACAUUGUACCUGAAAGAGAAUUCUGAGAGGCUGCCUUUUCCACCACAGGGUGUGAAAGGUAGUGGCUGAUGAAUCCUUAAUGUUCCUAAGGUCUUUUGAAUGUUACCAUUGUAUAUUGAAAUCUGAAGGACUUCUUAACACCAUUCGCACUUUUUCAUUGCAUGCAUAUAAUUCCCAACAGCAAAAGCUGACGGGGUAGAUAAUUGGAAUGGACUGGAUGAUAAGAUUAAGCCUUUGAAUAUGUGAAGUCCCUUGUAACAAUAACAAUAAUAAUAGUACACACUUCACAGUGAGACAGAUAUGAAACAAGGAGUGAAAAUAGUAUAAGUCUUGUCAUUGGCACUACAAGUGUAUGUGAGAGAGAGCAUGAGAUAGGAAAAGGAAGAAUACUAUUUUGCUUUUAAAAGUGUUGAAUGUUUCUAUCUUUUCGGGCAAUAAUUAAAAUGUGAAUCAAUUUAGGAGCCCUGCUAAAUAAUGAACAACACUUUACUGAAAUAUACAGAUUACUCUGAGUUAAAAUUAUAUUUUACAAAAACAUUGGCCACAUGUCAGGGCAGUGAAGUAGGAAGGCUCCAGUUAUCAGGGGUAGGAUUAUAGUAGGAUGAUUUGACUAUUAUUAUGAAUUGAUCACAAUACUGAAUGGGAAAAGCAUCUAAUUUCUUUUCCUUUUUUUUUUUUUUUUUUUUUUUUUUAACAAAAGGACCUUUGUUUUAUAGAUCUGUUUUGACCAAAAUGUGUAGCUGCUUCCUUUAGACAGGUUGCCGUACUUAUCUCUCUUGUUCUGUAGCCGUUAAUGCCACAUCUCAGGAUGUUUAGAUUCUAAUGAACUCUAUCCCUUUCUGGCUAAAAAGUUGCCUUAGUUGGUACAUUGCAUAUUAAUGUUAGUAAAAUCAGGAGCUUCUUAUUUUAUUAUUCUUGUUCAGUAAUUUUUAGAAGUAAAAAGAAAACAAUUGUGUCCUCUGCAAUGAACUAUUCUCUCUGAUAUACAAAAGAAUAUAUUUAUAUAUAUACAUAUAUAUGCACACACAUACACACACUCUCAUAUUUACAGAGAAUAGGAGCUCAUUAAAUUGGAUCAAUUUAUUGUGCCUUUGUUGACCAAGUUUAAUUUUGAAAUGCUGUAUUAAUUUUUCCCUGGCUUCGAGGGAUGUCAGGUGAGUCUUGAACCUUUAACUUUUUUACCGUAAGAAGUUUGAGGAGUAUUUGCGCAGUAUAAGGAAAAUGAACCAAAUAAGGUUUGAUGUUUGGAUUUUUUUUUUAAUGAAUUUUUAAAAACUCCUUCCUAUCACAGAUUUUCUCUACUUUUUUCUUAAUGGUUUUCCCAAACACUACAAAAUGUCUUUGAAAAAGUUUACCACUUCAUUGAUUAUACCCUCUACCACAGAUUAGCAGUAUUUAAAUCUUGCAGAAAUAUUUGGGCUUCUUUUAGACACACGGAAGUAUACAUUUCCUCACUGGAAAGUGAGUUACCCACAUUGUGGCUGUGGAGGGAUGCCAGGAUUGGUGAUGGUGGCUCCUGUUCUUUGUACUCCUUCCUCUAGUGGGUUGUACCCUGUUCUGGGUCCGAUGUAGAACUGAUGGAUGUCAGGUAUUGCCCUGUGCCUUUAUUUGUCAUCGGUUUCUUGGGGGAGAGUGUAAUGGCAGAGUGACAUGGUGUGGGGGAUUUUCCUUCUGGCAUUGCAAGUGGUGUUUCUACCACGUAAGCCUCAAUCAUGACGCGGUCCACGUGUGUUAGUUUCUUGGCGAUCGAGAACGCACAUCUCUUCGUGACUCAUGAUCACAGCCAUGGUCUUAGUUCUCAUCUAUGAUGAGCUGGUGGAUACCAUCCACCUUUGCUUGAAGUGGCUGUCCUUUCUGAUGGUCCUAGGGGAAAUUGCUCUGUGCUCUGUUUCAUGGCGUGACAGCUGUCGGCAGGUACUGUGCUGGGUAGAGAGGUGCCUACCUAGGUGGGAGCCUGUGAGGGCAGGGAGAGAACAUGAUGUCUCCUUGUGACCCGUAUGUUGAUAUAUUGGCCUGGGAGAACAAGGGCUUGUAACCACUGAUGGCAAGGCCAGCCGAGCUGCGCUGGGUGGACCAGGUGGUGGUCUACCUAAGGAAGAUCACUUGCUUUGCUUGAAAGUAGAUGUCUAAGUGAUGCUUAACACAGGCAGUAUUAACUUCACAUUUUGUUCAGGCCAUCAGCAUGUAUUGUUAAAAUUACUGCACAUCCCCCUGAGAAAUCAAGUAUACACUGUUCACGUUGGGGUGUGUGUGUGUAUGUGCGUGUGUGUAUGUGUGCGUGUGUGUACGUGUGUAUCCUGACUCUUCUGUUUUUUUUUUUUUUUCCUUCUUCUUUUUUCCUGAAUGUGAUCAUGUUUUGGAUGAUACCUGAGCAGGGUUGCCUUUUUUAUUUAUUACCAUUAUAUAUUAUAUUAUAUUAUAUAUUUUUUGCUUUCUUAUAACUUUAGAGAAAGUUGAAUCUUGGUAUUAUUAAAAUUGUUUAAAAAGGAGUGAAUCGUCCAGUUGAUAAAUGAACAUCACUGGUCUUUGAAGCAAUGAGUUUUCCUUUAAUUACUGUGGAAUAAUGUGCCAGCUGUCACCAACACAAGGAUUUUGUACGUCGGGUGGGGACACAGCAGUGCUCUUGCUGGGAAGAUGUGCAACACAGAGUCGGGAGGGGGACUCCGUGUAUUUUAUCGAUGUUAGCAAUGAACCUGCAACUUGGGGCUUUUGUGCAUAAAAUUUAGCUGCCUUGUAUAGUCCUUUGAAAGAGACAUACACGAUCUGUGAGGAAACUAUAGUUUGAUCUUUUUUUUUUUGUAAGGAAAAAAAACUUACAAAAGAUCUUUCCAAAGAUAAUGUGCCACAGAUCUUUUGUUUGAUGUUCUCUGUAAUGAGGAUUAAUUGCUGUUUAAAAAAAAUGUAAUUGACUUGUUCAUCUUUCAAUUCUUUCCUUUUCACAAGAGGAUUGAGCUGUAAAACAAACAAAAAAAAAUCAAUAAAAAUUCAGAGAAAUCAUUAA